GCUAGGCCCCACAGGUGGCGCAGCCGUUGCGCCCCGUGAAUAGCGCGCGCAGGCACAUGCUGCGGCCCGUGUGGGCCGCGCGGUUGAUGUCUUUGCCGGACUCGACUGCGGCGCGGGGGGGGCGACGCCCGGGGCCCUUUCGUUGCUUUGCCGGGAUAGGCCUCGCCCACCUCCCCCUGGGUAUCCUUCCGCUCCGUCGCUGUCGUUGCGCGGGCAGUCGGGCCCCCAUUUUCCACUAUGAUCCUGGACUCCCCAAGGCAUGUUUUCCGUGGACACGUCUAACCAGGCCAGACAACUACGUCGCCGCGACCCAAAGGGGCGGCUCGCUUCUCGCGUAUCCAGGUCCCUGCGCCUCUUUUUGUUCCGGCGUACGUACCUCCUCUUGCGAUGUGCAUGGGCAUAAGAGGGGAGAAAGGAGCGGGGCGAGCACUUGCACUAGAGGAACAUUUUGCGACACUGCGACGGCAGCUAACGAGGUCCAAGUCGAUGCGCCUUCCGCAGCUCAGCUUAAUUGCAUUUUAGUCAUUGAGCGUAAGGCGAUUGAGCGACCUGGGGAUGUGAAGUUGAGCAAAGGCGAAGGGCCCAAGCGAAGCCUCAACUCUAGCUUGUGGCAGGGGCGCGAUGGUGCCCUGCCGGAUGUGUUAUGAGAGCGAGACGCUGGUGUUGAGAGGGUGAGGCCAUAAGAUGCGAUCCGCAGGCAGCCCCACCUGGGCGCUGUUGCGCGCGUGUCGAGCAAGCGAGGGGAUGAAAAGACAAGAAAGAAGAUUACAAAAACAAGACACAAUGGAUGAUCGCUUGUCAAAAUAUAAGUAACAUCAUGACAAGGUAGGGGUCCGUCGUGCUUUUCGUUUGCAUUGCCUGCGUUGCAGGUCUAUAGUAGAUUGCUACAAAGUGGAGGCAGUUGGCGUUCGCCGACUCUGGUACGCACCGGGCUGCUGCAUUGCGUCGUCACUCAGUGAUGUGAAUAGAGGCACCACCAGCAGCAGCACCGCCGGCAUCCGCGCACGCGCAAUGAUGGGCAGUGGGAACCUUAACCUCAGAUCAAGUACGUUUGCAAAGUUGGAGAGAUUGCUUACGAGGUUUUCUUUUUCAGGAAACUCGCCUGUGGAUAUUGCGGCCCGCUUCGUAAAUCUAAAACAGAGUCCGAAGAAAUUUAAGUGAUAGCACUGGUGCGCAGGACAACAGCACGAAAAGCUGCAAGAUUUUUAUCCCUUACCGUUUAUUCACCAAAACUCACGCACCAGCAUGUAUGUAGUAGCUGAAGAGUUGGAUGAGCAUACUAUCUGCAUCAGCUGAUUCAGAUCACCAGGGCUGGUUGGAAGUAAAGACAAACGAUCUACUUCAUCGUGGGAACGACAAAAUCGAAAUCAUUUGAGCAAAGCUUCGAUGUAGAUGAUAACAUCGAAAAGUGAAGCCAGAUUUGAU